CGUACUUCCAAGGAGAACAGUUGCAAGUGUGAAGCUGAAGCUGAGGCUGACAACGCAUACCGGUCGAGCCGAUCUCGCGCAUCGUGACUGCUAUGCACAGAUGAACCGAUAGUAAUAAUAUAUUUUGUCUAACAAGACCUAUGUACCAUACAUACAUGUUCCACAGAUUGACAGUAAAAGAGCCAAAACAAGGAAAAGAAAAGAAGCGAAGGCACCACGGCAGUACUAAAAAUCAUUGUAGAAAAAAAGAGAGUAAGAGAAGAAAAGGAAUGUCGAGAAAGCAAAACCAGUUUAGAUGCAACAAAUUAGAAGCAACAUUAUCAGAAGGAAGGAAAGAAAGGAAGCGAAGCGUAGCAAGCAGCACAAUUAGCAGCCUGUAGUAUGAUGGCCUCAACAGUAAACAAGGAAAAGAAAAUGCAUUUCAAUGAGUGAAACAAAGCUGGGAA